AGCAUGGCGGUGGCUGGGGAGGGCCCGGGGCCCCCCGUGGGUUCGGGUUCAGGUUCUGGUUCGGUCCCGGGGAGCGGGGAGGAGCCCUUCAGCCCCUCGGUGCUGGGCACCAGAGAGCACUGGGACGCUGCCUAUGAGAGAGAGCUGAAAGCUUUUCAAGAGAUCGGAGACGCUGGGGAAAUUUGGUUUGGAGAAGAAAGUAUGGCUCGGAUAAUCAGAUGGCUGGAGAAACAAAAGGUGCCCCUUGACAGCCCUCUCCUUGACAUUGGGACUGGGAAUGGUCUCUUACUGCUGGAGUUGGCAAAGUCUGGCUACACUGACCUCACUGGGAUUGAUUAUUCCCCUUCAGCAAUACAACUUUCAGAAAAAAUAAGAGAGAAAGAAGGGAUUUCUAACAUUAAACUCAAGGUAGAAGACUUCCUGGCUCCCUCCCCUGAGCUGUCAGGGUUUGAGAUCUGCAUUGACAAGGGGACUUUUGAUGCCAUCAGCCUCAACCCAGAGGAUGCAGUGGGGAAGAGGCAGCAGUACCUGAGGUCUCUCUGCAGCACACUGAAACCAGAGGGCUUUUUCCUCAUAACCUCUUGCAACUGGACCAAGGAGGAGCUGCUGAAUGAGUUCAGGGAAGGAUUUGACAUUCUGGAGGAGCUGCCAACACCCAAGUUUUGCUUUGGAGGAAGAAUUGGAAACAGUGUAACAGCAUUGGUUUUCCAAAGGAAAAAAGUGAGGCCAUCCAUCUUGGACAAAUUAGAUUAGUUGAGAAAAGUCUGAACUUUAAACCUGACAGAAAACCUCAGACACGUGUGUAAAUAACUGCUCUUUGAGUACACAGUAAAAUAUUAUGCAUGGAACUCUAAGGGACUAUAAAACAUUGCCCUAGAAACAUUUCAGCUUUGCAUAACUUGCCCAUAAAUUUUGUCCUUGCUACAACCUCACUUGUUUUAGGGAAGCUGCAGGUUUGUAAAUGAGGGAGAAAUAAAGCAUUCUUAAUACUGAGACUAAUAUAACAAUGCUAUUUGUGUUUGGAACACACAGAUUAUCCUGUAUUUAAUUCCUGUAUUGGUAUCAGCAAACAAGAGAGGUAAAGGUAUUCCACAAAGCAAAAAUCUCUUUUUGUUUUUUUUUGUUGGGCAGUGUAACAGGGAACAAGGGUUUGCUGUGUGAGUGCUGAAUCUCUUCUUUUUUUCUUAGGUGAGCAUGAAUGUAGCUGCUAAGGAGAGAAAUGAAUAUAAAAGCCAUAGCACUUGCAGAAAAAAGGCCCAGUGAGUGCUUUAAAUUCAGAUGUGCAGAGGUUCUCAGACUCAGCAUCGUUCUGCCUCCACUGAAAUAGCUCAAGCCUUGUCCCACAGAGGGACUGCUGAGUGCUUUUGAAACUUGCCUGAAUGUGUGUGCCUGCUUUGUCAGUUAUUCUCACUGACCUCAUAAAUAUAUAAAGGUGUGAUGUUACAGUCUCACUAGCAUCUCACAUAUGCCUCCUUCAUUAUUAAUUUGCUGUAGAGUCAUGUCUGAAGAGCCUCCAGUGACCUUGUGUUUCCCACUCAGUGUCUCAGGAGAGAUUUUAGCUGCAGGAAUCCAAAAGAACUGAAAGCAUAACUAUCAGUUCCUUCUCCCCUUUUUAAAAGUUUUUUUUUUAAGUUUCCCUUGUCUAAAUUUUUUUUUUAAAAAAAAACUUCUGAGUGUGAUCAUUUUCCUUAAUUUCUUUGUCUGCCUUUCUUCUGUAUUUUCACAGUUACAAUACUACUAUUGCUUGAAAGGUAGGAAAUGGAGUUUUGCAGGUGACAAUAAACUUGUUAUUUCAAACAUAAA